GUUCCGGGUCGCGCGGCGGUUCUGGCUGUGCGGGCCGCGCCGCGGCUGCUGGUCCCGGGCGCGCGGAGGGCGCGAGCGGGGCGCGCGCGGGGGGCCGAGGGGGCGCGAGGCGGCGGCGCGGGGACUCCGGGCCCCGGCGGCGGCCCAUGGCGCGGGAGGCGUGAGGCCGCGGCCUGCCCGGGGCUCGGGGGGUGGGGGGAGCGGGGCGGGGAGAUGGAUAAACUGACCAUCAUCUCAGGAUGUCUCUUUCUGGCCGCCGACAUCUUCGCCAUCGCCAGCAUCGCCAACCCGGACUGGAUCAACACCGGCGAGUCCGCGGGAGCACUGACAGUGGGCCUUGUGCGACAGUGUCAGACAAUCCAUGGACGAGACCGGACGUGCAUCCCACCUCGGCUCCCCCCAGAGUGGGUCACCACACUGUUUUUUAUCAUCAUGGGGAUCAUUUCAUUGACUGUCACUUGUGGCUUGCUAGUGGCCUCCCACUGGCGAAGAGAAGCCACGAAAUACGCUCGAUGGAUAGCAUUCACUGGAAGACAAGUAUUAGGUGUUCUUAUGAUGGCUGCGAAGACUAGUCAUGUUUCCUCUGGCCCAGAUAAUAAGUUUCUGGAAAAUCCCUGCCUGAAGAGAAACAGUAGCAGAAAUCCAAAGGAGCAAUUGAACAAGAAAGCUACCAGUGAACUUGGCCAGAAUCCAGACAAUGGACUCCUGGUUACACACGUUAACCAGACACAGGACUUACUGAAGCUGCAGGGGGCUGAGACCCAGUCUUCAGUCUGGGAAGACUCAGAAGAUUGGCUUUCCACUCACAGUUUAAAGUUUGAGAAGCUCACUGUGGCUGACCUUGUGAGCUACGGCGUAGCGGUGCAGGAGGAGGGCAACACUGCCACGAAGAAAAUGUGCUUCCCCACCCAGGUCAUCCACCAGUUUGAAUCCAAGCUUUUGGAAGCAAUUGAACUCUAUCAGCAAAGAAUUCAGUGGCUCACGGAAAACAGCAAGAAGGCAUUUGGUCUCAUCAAGGGGGCGAGAGUGGGCAUCCUCAUUGAUGUGUGCGCAGUGGGCAGGGGUCCUCAGAAGGAGGCGUUCCAGAAUGACCUCGAGAGCCUCAUCAAUGAACAGCUGAGCCACAAAGAGAAGUUGUACGUCCUAUUCUUCGGCACCAACACCAGUGCCCUUUGGCCAGACCCUGUGGACGUCAGCGCCUCCACCCUCCAGGAACUCAAGCUCUGGGCACAAAAACUGCAGCCAGAUGGAGGCAGCAACCUGAUGCAGGCCCUGAGGAAAGUCUUCACCCUAAAAGGGCUGGAUUCCUUGGUAACCGUCAUGGGAAGCUGUCCAGAUCAGCCAUCUGAAAUCCUGACUGACUACAUCCAACAGUCCACCGUAGGAAGGGGCCUCUUCAUCCACAUUGUCACCUACAAAUGCGACCAUCAGGUGCCCCCUGCAGUGCUGAGGAACUUGGCAGAAGCUCUGGGGGGCUGUUACCACUGCUACAGCACGGAGUCGGAGGUCUCCACCAGCCGGGAAGUGGAAGAGCUGUUGGCAGAGAUCCAGGAAGCCCAGAGACUGGUGGGCAGCAUCCAGGCCCUGAGCCACAGCGUCCCCUGUGAGGAGCUAAAGGGCAUGAUGAAUGAGAUUUCCACAGAGAUUGCCAAAGGGCCACUCACAAGUCUUCUGCCUAAGCCCCCAAAACAUGGGGAUCCCCUUACAAUCGAGUUCCCCAACUUGGACAGGACUUCUGCAGAGUGGCUAAAGAUUCAUGGCCUGAAAGCCAAGAAAUUAAGCCUCUAUCAGGUUCUGGCACCCAAUGCGUUCUCCCCUGUGGAGGAAUUUGUGCCUGUUCUCCAGAAAACAGUAUCGUCAACUAUCCAUGAGAAGGCAAUGGUCCAAUUUGAAUGGCACGACGGCACAAUGAAGAAUGUUCAUGUGGACGUGCCCUUCCUCUAUGAAUACCAGAAGCAGCUCGGUCGAGCUAUGCGGGUGUUUGAGAGGAGGAUCGAGUGGCUCUCUCUGGCCAGCAGAAGAAUCUGGGGCACCAUCUGUGAAAAAAGGGUGGUUGUGCUGCUUGAUAUCUCUGCGACCAAUUCCAUGUACAUUAUUCAUAUCCAGCACUCCCUGCGCCUGCUGCUGGAGCAGCAGCUGUCCAACAAGGACUGCUUCAACCUCAUCGCGUUUGGAGACACAAUUGAAAGUUGGAAGCCGGAGCUGGUUGCCGUGAGCCACCACAACUUACAAAGCGCCUGGAGGUGGGCCCUGACCCUGCGCUGCCGGGGCAGCAGAAACAUCCUGGGUGCCCUGCGCAAGACAAUGGAAGUGGACUUCAAGGACAAAGACAGACAGCAGUCGCAGGGCAUCUAUCUCUUUACGGGGGGCAUCCCCGACCAGGACAUGUCCAUACUCAGCGCCUACGUGGUUGAAGCCUGUGGGGGCUGUGACCUCAGGCUGAACGUGUGUCUCUUCUACGUGGGGGAGCCACAGAUGGACACCGUGCCCCCUGCCUGCUACGCCAGCCGCACAGACACGGCCGCCGCCUACCGGGAGAUCACCCAGGCCUCUGGUGGCCGCUUCCACUGGUUCGGAGACACGGGUAUUUAUGAAAGUGAUGACAUCAGCGCCAUCGUGUCCGAGGUGGAAAAGGCUCUCAACUAUUCCCAGAAGUGUGCCUUCCUAGUGUCCUCUCUGAAGAACCAGGCUGGAAAAGAACAGGACAGCACAGCCCUCCAGAAAGAAAAGCCAAAGAUGCCCAAGUCAAGAAGUCAGACCAAGAAAGUUUGUCCCUCCAAGCCCGCAGCCCCCUCGGUGGCCAGAACGAGCAUUAAAGAUGACCCUGACAGAGAGGAGAGUCCUCCCUUGAGGACCCUGGUGUGGCAUCCAUUCAGUGGCAAAGCUGGCGUCCCCCCAGCUGCUGCCCAGCCCACAGAACAGAGGAGGAAGGCAAAAUCAACAGAGGCAGAGACAUCUCUCUCCAUGUUUUAUACAGAGACAGGGAAUACUGUGGGCUCAGUGUACAAGAAGUACCCGCAGGGGAAAAGUGCGAGAAGGACUAUUCCUUCUAUUGAGCUGCCCAAAAAGGAUACAGUCUGUUCAAGUCAAGAGUGGGUAGCCAACUGUGGGCUAAAAAAACUGAAGAUGGAGAUCUCCAGGCACAUUGGACCCAACUGCACCCACCAAAAGUCGAUAUCAAAGUCGGCAUCUGCCAAAUACUGUAGCAUCUGGCCCAGCAUAGAGAUCAAGGGGAUGGUGAAGCACAUUCAUUGGACGCUCCGGGAGAUCGAAGUGUACAUCGCGUGCUUGGAGAAGGUGAUUCAGCGCUAUGUCCAGCGGCUGCAGUGGCUGCUGUCCGGAAGCCGCCGACUGUUUGGAGCCAUUUUGGAGAGUAAAGUAUGUAUCCUGCUGGACACGUCAGGGUCCAUGGGCCCCCACCUGCAGCAGGUGAAGACAGAGCUGAUUCUGCUGAUUUGGGAACAGCUACGGAAGCACUGUAACAGUUUUAACCUGAUCGGCUUUGCAGAGGGCCUACAGCCAUGGCGGGACACUCUGGUGGAGACCACAGAUGAAGUGUGUCACGAGGCUAUGCAGUGGGUGACCCGCCUGCAUGCUCAGGGGAGCACCUCCAUCUUGCAGGCCUUACUGAAAGCAUUUACUUUUCAUGAUGUGGAAGGAUUGUACCUCUUGACUGAUGGGAAGCCGGACACAAGCUGCAGCCUCAUUCUAAAUGAAGUCCAAAGACUCAAGGAGAAAAGAGAUGUGAAAGUCCACACCAUCUCCCUGACUUGCUCGGGCAGGGAGGAGAUCGGCUUCUUGAGAAAUCUGGCCUCCCUCACUGGGGGGCGUUAUCACUGCCCUGUUGAUGAGGGCUCACUCUUCAAAAUCCAAGGCCUGCUGACCAAGGGCUUCAUCGAUGAAACGGACCCCACGUUGCCACUGUUUGAAGGAGAUGACUUAAGAAGGCUGGCCCAGGAGAUCACCAAGGCCCGGAGCUUCCUCUGGCUGGCCCAGUCCUUCAGGUCCCAGCUCCAGAAGAACAGCAUAGAGCCAAAGGCCUCUCUUUUAUAGAAAAAUGUUCUCAGCCACAAGGUUCCCACUUGCUAAGAAGUCCUGCCUCGAGCCCCUGACUAGAGCACCCUUCUUGCCACCCUCCACCAAGUGACCCCCGUUCAUCCAUUGGGGCACAGCUGAAAUGGCAUCUCCUCUGUGCAGACAUCCUGGGGACCCAUCAGGAACUGGGAGCCACCGGCCUUUGUCCCACAGCGUCCUAGCCCACAGGGCGCUCAGCACUGCACAGCCUCUGCCUUCUCCCUUAUCUGACUCUCCUGCACUGGGAGCUCCCACGGGAUGAGACUAGAAUCUGGACCGCCUCCUCAUCUUAAAAACCCACCAUAUGGCAGGCAACAUGUCUCAAACAGUAUCCCAUCUAGUUUUGUUGUGGGGGCCCAGCUCUGGAAACCAGGCAGCUGGGGUUGCUUCUGCCCUACUGCUCCUCCUCUGUGCUCCACUCCAUGCUGGUCCUGAGAGGUGAAGCUGAGCCUCCACCAGUGCAUCCCAGAGCAAGAAACCAGUGAACCUCACCACCAUCCCCACCCCUGCCCCACUCAGCGGAGACAGUCUGCUCUGGAGCCCAGUUCUGAGCAAGGGAUCUGCUUGGGCCUGUGUCUGUCAGGCUGGAUCUUCUGGGUCCGCCCCUCUGUGUGCAUGUGAAACAAAUGUGCCACAGAUUAUGUUAUUUGCUGUCAUUUCCUGAGAAAUUAUUUAACAGAAUCCAAAUGAUUUUUUGGAUUUUAUUUAUUUAAAUAAAAUUUAACUUUUAUUUAACAGAA